UAUUUCUUGCUAUGGCGAUCGAGCAAACCCAGCACCCACCCUACUACACAGCAGCUGCGGUCUCUGCAACUGCAAGCUACCCCUCUCCCUCGGUUGGUUCACCAUGCCUCUCCUCCUCUUUGUCUUCACCGCACUCUUCGCCUUACACGCCGUCCCUGCGAAUUCUGCCACGACGGACGCCAUCUCCGCCGCACAACCGCUCGUCGGCGGUGACAAGAUCGUCUCCCGGAAUGGCAGGUACGCUCUCGGCUUCUUCGAGACCGGCGGCGACUCCAACUGGUACAUGGGCAUAUGGUUCAACACAGUCCCAAAACUUACUCCGGUGUGGGUUGCAAAUAGGGACGACCCAAUCAAGAACAUCACCUCACUGGAGCUCACAAUCUCCGGGGAUGGCAACCUUGUCAUCUUGAACAGGUCUAGCAGCUCCAUAAUCUGGUCUUCUCAAGCAAGAGUCACAACCACUGACACCAUUGCCGUUCUCCUGAACACUGGGAAUCUCGUCCUGCAGGAGAGCUCUCCAAGCUCAUCAGAUGUUUUCUGGCAGAGCUUUGACUACCCCACGGACACGUUUUUGCCCGGGGCGAAGCUUGGGUAUGACAAGGUCACCGGCCUUAAUCGCCGCCUUGUUUCUUGGAAGAACUUGAUCAACCCAGCCACUGGAGCAUACCAUGAGGAGUUAGACCCCAGCGGUCUCGACCAGUUCCUCCUUGCACCGCUGAACUCUUCCAUACCGUAUUGGUACAGCGGUGCCUGGAACGGCCAAUACUUUGCCUUGAUGCCAGAGAUGUCAAACGGCUAUUUUAUAAAUUUCACAUUCGUCGACAAUGACCAAGAGAAGUACUUCAUGUAUACCUUGCAUGAUGAAACCACCGUUAUCCGUAAUUAUUUGGACCCCUUGGGUCAGGCAAAGACGAACCUUUGGCUAGAAAGCUCACAGAAUUGGAUGGUGAUGUUUGCCCAACCCAAAGCUCAGUGUGAUGUCUACGCAGUUUGUGGACCUUCCACCAUUUGCGAUGACAACGCGCUGCCAUCUUGUAACUGUAUGAAGGGCUUCGCUGUGAGAUCACCGGAAGACUGGGGACCAGGUGAUCGAACCAGUGGGUGCUUGAGAAACACUCCAUUAGACUGUAGCAACAGAAGCACAAGUUCGACAGACAGGUUCUACCCCAUGCCAUGUGUUAGAUUGCCCCAGAAUGAUCCUAGCAAGCGAGCUACUGCUGGUUCUGAUGAGUGUGCACAGAUCUGCCUGGGUAACUGUUCUUGUACUGCAUACUCCUUUGUGAAGGGCGAAUGCUCUGUUUGGCACGGCGAAUUGCUUGACUUGAGACAGCAUCAAUGCAGUGGCACUUCCAGCACAAAUGGAGAGACUCUUUACCUUCGCCUUGCCGCGAAAGAAUUUCCCAGUCAGCAGGCUAGCAGAAGAGGAAAACCCAAUGUAAUACUUAUCAUCUGUGCAACUGUUGCUUCUUUAGGCUUGUUAGCAGCACUGGUCCUACUAAUCAUGAUUUGGAGGAACAGAACAAAGUUAUCUGAUGGAACACUGAAAAAUGCUCAAGGUGUCAAUGGUAUUACCGCGUUCCGGUAUGCCGAUUUGCAACGCGCAACUAAAAGUUUCUCUGAGAAGCUCGGAGGAGGCAGCUUUGGUAGUGUGUUCAAGGGGUCUCUGGGUGACUCGACAACCAUAGCAGUGAAAAGGCUUGACCAUGCUAACCAAGGAGAGAAGCAAUUCAGGGCGGAGGUGAGCUCCAUCGGGAUCAUUCACCAUAUCAAUUUAGUCAGAUUAAUUGGUUUUUGCUGCGAAGGUAGUAGGAGGUUACUUGUUUAUGAGCACAUGCCAAAUCGGUCCCUCGAUCUCCAUUUAUUCCAGAGCAAUGCCACAAUGCCAUGGCAUGCCAGAUACCAAAUCGCCCUUGGAAUUGCUAGAGGAUUGGCCUACUUGCACGACAGCUGCCAAGACUGCAUCAUACACUGUGACAUUAAACCAGAAAACAUCCUCCUUGACGCUUCAUUUGCUCCGAGGAUAGCCGACUUCGGGAUGGCCAAGCUUAUGGGAAGGGAUUUCAGCCGGGUUCUGACCACGGUGAGAGGAACUGCGGGGUACCUCGCGCCUGAAUGGAUCAGCGGCGUGGCGGUCACAACAAAAAUCGAUGUCUACAGCUACGGCAUGGUGUUGCUGGAGAUCAUAUCUGGGAGAAGAAAUUCUUGGGCACCGUGUUCUUGCGGCGGCGAACAUGGUGUUUAUUUCCCUGUUAAAGUUGCACAAAAGCUUCUCGAAGGCAGCGACGUCGGUAGCUUGGUGGAUCACAUGUUGCAUGGCGAUGUCAAUCUGGAUGAGGCUGGAACAGCUUGCAAGGUUGCGUGCUGGUGCAUCCAAGAUGAUGAGUUUGAUCGACCGACAAUGGGAGAAGUAGUUCAGAUUCUCGAGGGUCUGGCUGAGAUCAGUGUGCCCCCGAUGCCAAGGUUACUUCAAGCUAUGAGCGGCAGGGGAAGUUCACAUUCGAUAUGUUCCUAAUAAAUAUUGUUAUUUUUCAAGGGAAUAUUUCGAUUCUGGAAUCCAUGAAUUACUUGUAAUUUCCAUGUGACAAAAAUGAAGUUGUUG